AUGCCAGACUCACAGGAGAAAGAGAAGAAAGCACAGAUUAUUUUAGAAGAAAAUGAGAAAAUGAAAACGCUUAAACGCGCUGUGCUGGAUUUAAAGGACUUAUCUGCUAGAUGCAAUGACGCAGUCACUGAGGAUAUUUCAUACAUCGACCAAGUCAUACAAAAAAGCACAAAGGACAGACUGACCAUCCAGAAUAUUAUGCAGAAGCUGGAUGCAGUGAAGAAAGAUAGCUUUAUGCUUAUUCUAAUAGUCACUGUUGUCGGCCUAGGGGCGCUCUUGUUUAUUGGUCUUCUGUUCAAGUAAAGGGGCCUGGCUGAUAAAAUAUCCAAUUGUCGUGCAAAAGUAUAAAAAUUCACAGAAGUUUCAAAGCAUGAAUGAAACAGCACUUCCAGUAGAGAUACUGCAGGAACAGCGCGCCAAAUCAACAAUACUUCAGAACUGCUUAGAAUCGUCUGUUAACAAAUUGUUGCUUGUUAUAUUUUCGUUUAUGCUAUUUGCCGCUGUCUUUGUUUUGGCUAAUAUUAUUGUUUGCUCUAUCGUCAUUUUUAUAAAGAACUAGUAAGACGAGCAGGCACAAAUAUGCACAUUCUAAUAAGAAGUCAAAAAUACUUAUGCCGCAUUUUAUAGAUAAGUUCACUACGGCAUAAUACAUUCUUCAUUAAUAAAAAUAAAUCCGUU